AUGAUAAAUGAUGAAGACUUGAGCCUAGAAUCCUUCAAGCGGUUAAAAGAUCUAGAGGAAAAAAUAAACGGAAAAACAGAAAAUAAUGAGAAGAAAAAGGAAACAGAUAACAAUGUAAAAAGUUUUAUGAAACUAAAACUUUUAGAAAAUUCAUUACCUCAAAUUGUCAAGAAAAAAUUGAAGUCCAUGAAAAUUGACAAUAUGAAAGAUCUGAAAAAAUUAACUGUCACUAAGAAGAAGAAAUUUUUUGUGAAAAUUUUGGAAAACAAAGAUUUAAAGCGGCAAAAGAAGAAGAAGUAG